GUUGGCCAAUCGCGCCGCGGCCUGCCCAGCGCCGGACACGCCAGUGCGGCCAUGGCCACGGCCAACAGCAGCAACGCCUCAGCGCCCUCCUUCGGCUACGAGUACUACCUGGACUACCUGGACCUGCUCCCCGUGGACGAGAAGCAGCUGAGAGCCCACAAGUACUCAGUGGUGAUCGCCUUCUGGGCAAGCUUGGCCGCCUUCGUGGUGCUCCUCUUCCUCGUCCUGCUCUCCAUGUCCCGCCGGGCUCCCGCGGCCAGGAGCAGCGCCCUGCGCCACCCUGCGUGCCCCUGCGGCCUCCACGUCAGCUUCCCCUUCUGCAUCCGGAGGCACCCGCUGCUCCACAGGGCCCCCCCGGGGACCCCGACAGCCCCACCCAGCUCAGCCAGCGAGCCAGGCAGCAGGGCAUCCGGGCCCUCCGCCUCGCGCCUCACCGCCCCCCAGGCCCACCCUGCUCUCCUGUGGGAACGGGCCCUGGACGGGGACCCCCACGGCAUCAGCUGAUGUCGGCCACAGCCCAGCUGGCCUCCCACUGGAGACGGUUCUGCACCAGCGAACGGCGGCCACUCCGAGGGGCUCAAACCUGGACACGUGCCUCCUGAAAGCAGCAGAAGCACAGCUGCCAAGAACCACCACCAGGAGGCGCUGCCGUGGGCGUGUGAACCCGCACUGGUCCCAGCGGCACCAGCCCCCUGGCCUGGCCUGGCCUGGCCUGGCCGGGGAGCAGCCCCAACGGGGCAGAGCUUCAGUGCCCAGCCGCUUACUCACUUCCACACUCACUUCGGAAGCGUAGAAAAAGAAUAAACACAAAUAAAGAUG